AUGAUGAAUCCUAGCAGACCAGUGUGUAGCGGAGAUACAACUAUCAUUAGGUCCAAUGACAAGAUCCAAACACCCUUGAAGCAUGAGAAUUUUGAGGGUUGGAAGGAGGAAAGCGACGGUGUGUGGGGAAUUUUGGAAGUAAAAGAAGCAGAUGGUAAAAAGACGCUCACAUAUAGGCAUCUUUUUACGAUUUCCAGGAAAAACAACUCAGGUUUUGUUUUGGGUCAAGGGUUCAUUGGAAGCUUAGAAUCGCUUCACAUUUGUGAUAAUGUGGUUAUGGAUGGAAAUAUUGUUAGAUUGGGAUUAUGGGAUAUUGCUGGUAUCUUUUUAGAAUCCAAUCUUUGAUGAGUUCAUUUUACAGAAUCUUGUAGGUAUUUGUAUAGAUUUUAAAUAAACUAUUUGUCAUUUUUUGGAAUUAAAAGGGAAGAAGAGUAUAUCAGAUUAAAGCCACUGAGAUAUAGAGGUGUCAUACCUUUCUCUUUAAUCAGUAGGGCUAGGG